GUGGGAGUAGGGGUGUGGGAACUAUCCGGCCCCUCCCCCCUUUUUUCCUCUAGCGGAGGCGGGGGCUGCGGAGGGCUGCCGGGGGGCUGUGGAGGGCUGCUGGGGAUCGGGAGAGACUAGCUGAGGCCGGAGGAGGAGCCCGAGCCCAGCAGUCUGCGGUCGGAGUGAGGAUGGCCGUACGGGCUUAGUUCAGGAUGGGUUGCAGAUCAGAUUUCCUUGCAACUCUUCUCCCCGAGAGUGAGAGAGCGUAGUCUUAACCUCAGAGAUGAUGUGGUGAAAAUUACAAUCGAUUGGAACAAGCUCCAGAGCCUCUCGGCAUUCCAGCCCGCUUUGCUCUUUAGUGCACUUGAGCAUCAUGUUUUAUAUUUACAGUUCAGUAAUUGAACAGUAUUAUGACCUUGCUGGUUUCCAAUUGAACAUCUCUGCAAUUGUAAUUCCUUUUUUAGCAAAACUUCAGCCUCUGAUUAAAGAGGAGAAUACAACUGUUGUUGGAGAGAUAGAAAAAACAGAAACGGGGAACAAGAAUGAAGUAAAUGCCAAAUUUCCCAUUAGUGACCUACAAGAGGAAGAAAAGCACAAAGAUUGUGAUUUAGGAGAUGUGAAAAAGACACAGAUCCAUUUUGAUCCAGAAGUAGUUCAAAUAAAGGCUGGAAAAGCUGAAAUUGACAGACGAAUAUCUGCAUUUAUUGAAAGAAAGCAAGCUGAAAUCAAUGAAAACAACGUCAGGGAAUUUUGCAAUGUUAUUGAUUGUAAUCAAGAAAACAGUUGUGCAAGAACUGAUGCCGUUUUUACUCCUUACCCGGGAUUUAAAAGUCAUGUAAAAGUUUCUAGAGUUGUGAAUACAUAUGGACCACAGACUAGACCUGAAGGAAUUCAAGGGUCAGGUCAUAAACAUAACAGCUUGCUCCGAGAUUGUGGUAAUCAGGCUGUCGAAGAACGACUACAAAAUAUUGAGGCUCACUUGAGAUUGCAGACAGGUGGUCCAGUGCCAAGAGACAUUUAUCAGAGAAUUAAAAAACUUGAGGAUAAAAUCCUUGAACUGGAAGGAAUCUCUCCUGAAUAUUUUCAAUCUAUAAGCUUUUCUGGAAAAAGAAGAAAAGUUCAACCACCUCAACAGAACUAUUCACUGGCUGAACUUGAUGAAAAAAUUAGUGCCCUCAAACAAGCCCUGCUCAGAAAAUCAAGAGAAGCAGAAUCCCUGGCUACUCACCACCUUCCGUGAAAAACUCCUCUCAUUCUUGUCAUUUGACUUUUUUAUAUACAUGUAACGUACACUGCAGUUAAUUAAAUGGAUAUGUAUUCAUCAGUGUAGACUUCCUUCUGAAGUCAAGCUUUCUUUUCACCUGAGUCCAGCCUGCACAGAGUUAUCUUCAGAUAUUCCAGUGAAUUUUGAAAUGGUUAAGGCAUUAAAAACAUAAUUGUCAGAAUGUAUUCCCUUCUGUUUUAAAGGAGGUAUUUUGGAAAUUGGAAAACUUAAUUUGAAAGCACAUCUUUGUGUGUGUGUGUGUAUGUACCACAGAAAGGAAGAUUUAUUUUGCAUAGUGAUUAUUUAAAAGGACUUUAUAUUUGUAACAUCACCGUUAACCAGUUUACUAGUUUAAAUCCAUACUUUGUACAUAAGAGCAUUCAACAAAUAUUUAUCAACUGAAAUGAAUUUAAAUGACUGCAUACACUUUUUUUUUCAAAUGUCAAUUUUAAUGCAAAUAAACAAUAGAUCCCACCUGUA